AUGCCUUCCCCAUCGAAACGUUCGAGACAACUCGACUACCUUUCUACCAAGUUCAGCAACCAUUCAUUUUCUAGCAUAGCUUCGGGGUCGGAUGCAGGAACAUUCCAUUCAGCACACGCUCAACCGGUGCCAGUAGAGCUGGUACCAGUGUCUCGAAAGUCAGUCACAAAGGAAAUCGUUCAAGCUAUAUCUCCCGCAAACUCCGCCCAACCUCCCACAAUCUCUUCAGUUCGAAUGAUCAGACAAGACUCUGGAUUCUCAGACGGGUUGCCACGAUCCAACCGCUCAUCGAUGUCGUCCUCAUCAGUCCGUCGUUCCUCUCUAUCAAAACGAGAACCCAAGCGAAGAACGACGAACUCAUCACUAUCAUCCUCGACAAGACCUUCAACCAAACGUGCCUCGAGAUCAACACCGAAUGGUAUAUCACGCUCCUCAACCUCCUCAGGUCAACGACCAACUAUGCAACAGCGUCACACGACCCCAUACAACCAACCAGCCUACCAAUUCUUCCACUUCCCAACCUUCACCGACCCAAGAGACCCCCCACAAGUAGAAGAAGAAUCUCCAACAUCUCCACCACCACCACCAGCGACAGUACAAUACUGGACAUCGGAUUCCACUCGCCGGCUCGAAUACGCAGCCAUAGACGCGGCAUCACGCGGUGUAAAAGGAUUCUUGAUAAAAAUGAUGCCGGACUGUAUCCUCCCACCAAGCUCGCGACAUACACGAUUUUGCAAGGGCGACGACGAAGACGAGGAUCUCGGGAGUGUGCGGCGGUAUCGUCUUCAUUUGCCGGAAGAGAGAUGUCCGAUCACAAGCGGCAAGGGGAAGGGGUUCUGGAAGGGACUUGGGUGGGGACGGUCGCGGAGAGGAAGUUGUUGA